AUCCAAUAAUCUUAAUAAAUGGACAAAGAUGAUUUAUCAAUCGAAGCAAGAAAAUUAAAAUGUAACAAAAAGAUUAAAUUUUAGUAAUUAAGAAUGAAUAAUAACUUAAUGAGAACACUAGAGUGAUUGAAGGGCUACAUAAUUAUUAAGGCAUCUUGUAAAAAACAUAUUUUUUAAUCAAAUUCACAACUCAAGGAGAGAUAUAAUAUAUUAAUAAUGGAAUCAUUAUAAGGAUGUAAAUAUUCUAUAAAAUAAAUAGAGAUAAGAUAUCUAAUCCAUUAAAUGAAAAUGAAAUAAUGAAGAAUAUUGAAUAAAUAAAUUUUUUAAGUUGGUUAGGAGAAUAUGGAGUUUCUCAAUAGAAAGUAAGGUUUUGGAAAGCGAAAUGGAAAGGGAUGCCAAUAAAUGUUGGAGGGCUAUACAAUUAGGAAGGUAAUAAGGAUAAGAAAUGGAAAGACUUACAUAUUAAUUUUUGGGAGUAAUAUUAUCUAUAUUUAUAAAAAAAAGUAAAUCUCAAAUUAUUGAAAAUGGAGAGUACAUAAAUGGAAAGAGAGUGGGUGUUUGGGAAAUUUUGCUUGAUGAUCAAAUAAUGUAGAAAUUUUUCUAAGUUAGUGGGAUGGGUACUUAUGACAUAAAAGGGAAUUAAAAUGGAUUAUGGAUUGAACCUAAUUAGAAAUUUUACAAGUAUUAAUAUAUCUAUUAGAUAGAGCUUAAUAAAUCUUUUAUUCAGGAAAAUAUAGAGCAGGUAGUAAGAUAGGAGAAUGGAUUUGUUAUGAAAAGAAACUAUAAUCAUAUUUAAUAAAUAGCUAAACAAUACUAAAGAUGUUUAAAAAUGUCAUUAUUAUAGUGGUGGUGGAAAUUAUAAUAAUAAUGGUAUCAAGCAGGGAUAAUGGAUUGAAUUGCAUGAGAAUUUCUCUCCGUAUUUAAUUAAGUCAAUUUUUAGGAAUUGUUAAGUCUACUAUCAAGGAAAAUACUAUAAUGGAAAGAAAUAUGGAAAGUGGGAGACGAAAUUAAAAAAUUUUUCAUCUUCAUUUUACAAAAAAAUGUAAUAUAUUAAAAUAAAUUAGUGGAGGAGGUGAUUAUGAUUAAAAUGGGUUGAAACAUGGAUAUUGGAUUGAUUUACAUGAAUAUUUUAGCAAGUAUUAGUAUAUUAUAAUACUAAGUACAAAAAAAUUUAUUGAAACAGGAAAAUAUGAACAUGGAAUGAAAACAGAGAACUUUUAAGAAAAAGAAAUAUGA